CGUCACUUUCAGCUAUCAGGAGGAACUAUCCGUAGCACUUCAAGGUCCCUUCCCACUACCGGCGCCCCGACUUGAGAUCGGCCACCACGACAGACAUGAGAUUACGCCCAUAGCAACCCCCAUAUUCGGACUCCGAAUCCUGAACCAUGAUCAACGCCUUCCUAGUCUUCAAUGGCCAAGGCCAACCGCGCCUCACCAAGUUCUACACCCAGCUCGACACCUCAAUCCAGCAACGCCUCAUCUCCGAAAUCUUCACCCUCGUCUCCAACCGCCCGCCAGGCUCGUGCAACUUCCUGCCGCUCCCGCCGCUCCUCGCCGCCUCGUCCACAAGCAACACGUCCUCCUCGGCGCAGGAGCAGAACGACGUGCCCUCGCUCGUCACCUACCGCAACUAUGCGACCCUCUACUUCAUCAUCAUCUCGACGUCGACCGAGUCACCGCUCGCGCUGAUCGACCUGAUACAAGUGUACGUCGAGGCGCUGGACCGGCUGUUCGAGAACGUGUGCGAGCUGGACCUCAUCUUCAACUUCGAGACGCUCCAUGCCACGCUCGGGGAGAUGAUUGUCGGCGGGGUUGUGAUUGAGACGAAUCUGGAGAGGAUCGUAGCCGGGGUGAAGGCGCAGGGCACAGUUGCUAAGCGGCCCGUGAACGAGGGGCGGACGGGAGGGGGGAUAGGGUCGGGGCUUGGGGCGGGACUGGGCAUGGGGGGCAUGGUUUGGCAUGGGAGGUGA